AUGUAUGUUAUAAACUGUACAGUACAGUAUACUAAUAGGUAAUUAUGUCAUUGAACAUGGAUGAGACAAAAAUGGACACUGAAAAUAGUGAUUUUAAUGACAAGGAAAAGGAGCGAUGUCUAAAUGAGGGCAAAAAUUUAAUAAAAGUACGUUCACCCUAUGUAGUCGAAUAUUAUAACUCAUGGCUCGAACCCGGCUGCCUAUACAUUCAAAUGGAGCUAGGUCUCAACAGUCUCAUGGAUAUAUUGCUCAUUAAACCUACCAUAUUUACCAGAGACCCUGGUACUCCCAUGAAUAUAUUUGAAUAUUUUGUAUCAUGCGAGAUUUUUCGCGAACUACUCGAGUGUGUCCAGUAUUUGCACGAAUUGGAGCCCCCGUUCAUACACAGGGACUUAAAACCGGAAAAUAUAUUGAUUACUAAUACGGGUGACCAGGAUAGGUUCAUUAAGUUAUGUGAUUUUGGUCUGGCUACUGUCCAUGAUAAGCGUAUCCACUAUAGGACUAUACAUAAACACUCAGCCGACGUUGGUGAUAUUAGAUAUAUCGCGCCCGAAGUGUCGCAAGGAAUGCCUAUUCAAGUCCAUUAAACAUCCCGGUGCGACGCAUUCAGGAAAUAUUUAAUGAAAUGUUUAGUAGCAUCUGGACAAAACGUCCGGAGUGCAAGGACAUUUUGCGAGAGUUC